AUGGGUGUGGAAGAAAUAGUUGCCAUGUUUUUACAUAUUAUAGCACAUGACGUCAAAAUUAGAAAUUGCCUAAGAGCCUUAGAUGGUACUCACAUCAAAGUAAAUGUCCUUGAGGCUGGUAAGCCUAGAUAUCAAAACAGAAAAGGUGACAUAACAACCAAUGUGCUUGGAGUGAUUGCUCCCGAUAUACAAUUUAUCUACGUACUGGCGGGUUGGGAGGGUUCAGCUGUGGAUUCUAGGGUAUUGCGAGAUGCACUAUUUCGCAAUGGGUUUAGUGUUCCCCAAGGUCAUCACUAUUUAUGUGAUGCUGGAUACAUGAAUUGUAAAGGAUUUUUAGCACCUUAUAGAGGACAAAAAUAUCAUUUGAGUGAGUUUAAUCCACAUAAUCAACCCAGUACAGCUCAAGAGUUUUUUAAUAUGAAACACUCACAAGCUAGGAGUGUCAUUGAAAGGGUAUUUGGAGUCUUGAAAGCAAGAUGGGAAAUUUUAAGGGAAAGAUCAUUUUAUCCUAUUAAGACUCAAGGAAGAAUUAUAACUGCUUGUUGCCUUUUACAUAAUCAUAUUAGAAGAGUGAUGGUUGUGGAUCCUAUUGAUGAGAUAGAAGAUCAAAAUAUACUUGGAGUAGAUGGUGAGAUGAUCCACCAUAUUGAGACGAGUGAUGCUUGGGGUAGAUGGAGAAAUCAACUUGCACAAGAAAUGUGGAACCAAUAG